UUACAACUCUGAGUCUCUCCGAGUAAGUCUCUAAGAGCUUUGCACACCUGGAAUGUACAAUAUUUGCACAUUAUUAUUUAAAAAUUCUACAAGCUCUGUCAGGUUGGUUAUUGAUCAUUGCUAGACAGCCAUUUUCAAUUCUUGCCAUAGGUUUUCAAGCCGUUUUCAAAUCAAAACUGUAACUAGGCCACUUAGGAACACUCAAUGUCAUUUUGGGGUGGCAGGUAGCUUAAUGGUUAGAGCGUUGGGCUAGUAACCGAAAGGUUGCUAGAAUGAAUCCCCGAGCUGACAAGGUAAAAAUCUGUUCUGCUCCCGAACAAGGCAGUUAAAGCACUGUUCAUAGGCUGUCAUUGUAAAUAAGAAUUUGUUCUUAACUGACUUGCCUAGUUUUAAAAAAGCAACUCCAGUGUAUAUCUGACCUUGUGCUUUAGGUUAUUGUCCUGUAGAAAGGUGAAUUAGUCUCCCACUGUCUGUUGAAAAGCAGACUAACCCACAUGUUCUUCUAGGAUUUUUUUUGCCUGUGCUUAGCUCUAUUCCAUUUCUUAUUAUCCUUAAAACUCCCUAGUCCUUGCCAAUGACAAGCACAUCCAUAACAUGAUGCAGCCACCACCAUGCUUGAAAAUAUGAAGAGUGGUACUCAGUGAUGUGCUGUGUUGGAUUUACCCCAAACAUAACGCUUUGUAUUUAGGACUAAGUUAAUUUCUCUGCCACAUUUUUUGCAGUUUUACAUUAGUGCCUUAUUGCAAACAGGAUGCAUGUUUUGGAAUAUUUUUUUUAUUCUGUACAGGCUUCCUUCUUUUCACUGUCAUUUAGGUUAUUAUUGUGGAGUAAUCACAAUGUUGUUGAUCCAUCCUCAGUUUUCUCCUGUCACAGCCAUUAAACUCUGUAACUGUUUUAAAGUCACCAUUGGCCUCAUGUUGAAAUCACUGAGCGGUUUCCUUCCUCUCCGGCAACUGAGUUAAGGAGGACGCCUGUAUCUUUGUAGUGACUAGGUGUAUUAAUACACCAUCCAAAGUGUAAUGAAUAACUUCACCAUGCUCAAAGGGAUAUUCAAUGUCUACUUUAUAAAUAGAUGCUCUUCUUUACGAGGCAUUGGAAAACCUCCCUGCUUUUUGUUUGUUUAAUCUGUGGUUGAAAUUCCCUGCAUAGUCAUGGCACACUUUGUGUAAGAGCUAUUGAAGAUUGAAAGCCCCCAUGGCACUUCAAUGGGGCAGAAGUCAGUGUGUUAUUGUGAUUCUGGUUGGCCAGAUUGCUAGCAAGAAUGAGAAGAAACUGCCAUGUGGGGAAUUUGUGUUGGUCACCGCUCCUUUUCAAGACAAUGGGACAGGAGUGGUUUACAGAUGUUCUUAUGACAGUGGCACUUGUAAAGCUCUACCUGUACAAGUGGAGCCAGGAGUUUCAUUAGGAUUGUCACUAGCUUGUAAUGCUGACAGAGCUAUGGUGUGUGGACCACGUCAGAUCCAUGGCUGUGAUACUCUAAACUACCUCCAAGGACUUUGUGUUGAGCUGGGGCCACAGCUUACGGUCUCACAAACACUGAAGCCUGCCUUUCAAGAGUGCCGUGAGUUUGGCUUGGAUGCAGUGAUUCUGUUUGACGGAUCUCGGAGUAUCAUAACCAGAGACUUUGUCACCAUGAUCGACUUCAUCAAAAACAUUAUUCGGAUGUUCACUGCCCCCCGUGCACAGGUGGCAGUUGCUCAGUAUUCGACAGACACCAGUGCUGUCUUCCACUUUGAGGACUUUGUGUCUGACCCUAACCCUGACAACCUGAUGCGAUUCGUGGACCAUUUCCAGGAGGCGACAUACACCCCAUCAGCCAUCCGCUAUGUUCUAGAAGAGAUGAUGACAGAAGAACGGGGGAUGAGGAAACAUUCCAGGAAGCUGUUGGUUGUGAUAACAGACGGCAAAUCUAACGACCCUAAAGAGACCUUUAACUCUGUCAUACCAUUGGCCGAGAUGAAGGACGUCAUCAGAUUUGCCAUUGGGGUUGGGAAGCAAUUCUCUAGACAAGAGCUUGAGCAGAUUGCAUCUUUCCCAAACUUUGUAUUUGAGACCAACAGUUUUGAUGCUCUGAAAUCCAUUCAGAAUGAGCUUAGGGAGAAGAUCUUUGCAAUUGAAGGAACUAACUCCACCAACUCCAGUUCAUUUGAACAGGAACUGUCCCAGGGAGGCUUUAGUACCACUCUCUCUGGGGGUGUGUCUCUGUUUGGGGCAGUAGGGUCAUACUCAUGGUCUGGGGGCAUUGUGGAGGCAGCCAGAGGGGUGAAUGCCACGUUCAUCAAUGCCUCUGCACUGGAGACAGACAUGCAGAACUCCUAUCUGGGCUAUUCAGUGGCAGUGGCAGAGACAGUGAAUGGCAGUAUAUAUUUUGCUGGAGCUCCCAGGUUCAACCACACUGGGCUGGUCCUGGUCUUCCAGAGGGAUCCUCUCCAACAGGAGUGGACUGUCACCCACAGGAUACUUGGGUCUCAGCUUGGUUCCUACUUCGGGGCAGAGCUGUGUGUGUUAGAGAGCCAUGCUGGGCCAGGGGAGGGCCGUGCUGAGCUGCUGGUUGUUGGGGCUCCUUGGUAUCACGCCCAGGGUGUUGGGGGAGAGGUCCACGUCUGUACCCUGGAGACUGGGGCACCCAACUGCUCCCUCACCCUGCGUGGAGUCCAGGGGAACAUCCAUGGUCAGUUUGGGACGUCUCUGUCCCCCUGUCCAGACCUGAAUGGGGACGGGUUGCCGGAGCUGGCUGUAGGAGCCCCACUGGAGGACAGAGGACAUGGGAGUGUUUACAUCUUCCUGGGAUGCCCUUGGGGCGUCCAGGCCAAAUACAGUCAGAGGAUCCAGGGAGUGAGCGGGAGAGCGGGUAGAGGGCUGCAGUUCUUUGGGGUUUCGGUGCACUCUGCUGGGGAUCUGAACUCAGACGGACUGGCUGAUAUGGUGGUGGGAGCUAAAGGAGCCGCUUUCAUACUGAGGUCCCAGCCAGUAAUGCGUGUGUUGGUGUCUGUCACCAUGGACCCUCCCAUGAUCUCCCAGAACUACUUCCACUGUGCUGUCCCCAUGGCCCUGAACACUCCUGUAACCACAGCCAUUCUGUGUGUCACUGUCACUGGGGCCCACGUGGGAAACAUACAGGCUUCUCUCCAGGCAUCAGUGUCUGUGACAGUGGAUCUACUGGAGGAUCAGACCAGGACCAGGCCAGCCCGUCUGCUCUUCUACCCCAGAUCAACAUCCUCCAGCUGGGUUGAAACAGUUACAGGCACUGCCUGCCACAACUUCUCCCUCAGUAUCCCGGAGUGUAUAUCAGACUACCGUGAGGUGCCUCUGUCUGUUCAAAUGGCUGUGGAGGGCCUGGAGGUACCAGGGACAGGAGGACUGAAGUCAGUCCUGAGCCCAGACAACCCAACCUCUUUUGUACACAUGAUCUUGCUGGAGAAGGUUUGUGGCGAGGACCAUGUGUGUGUCUCUGACUUAUCAGUCAACGUCACCAGUCCAGAGGUGGUGUGUAGCGAAGGUUUCCCAGUAGAAGUAGAGGUAGAGGUGGCUAACAGUGGAGAGGAUUCCUCUGAGGCUGAGCUGACACUGGUCCACCCCUCCUCCAUACCCUUCGUUCCUACCAAACGGCCAUCAGGACCAGGCCAGGUGGCUGUUUGGUGUGUGUCCAACACCACAGGACUAGAAAACAUCACACACACAGUGUGUCCUCUCAGCUCUUCCGUCCUGAGACAGGGGGCACGGGUGACAGUGUUGAUGUCAUUCACAGUGUUUGAGCCAACUUGUUUGAGAGAAAGACUGGCUUUAAAUGUGUUUGUUACUAGUGAUAAUGAAGGACAGAGCACCCUUCAGGAUAACUAUGCAAGUGCCUCUGUCGAUGUCAAACUUCCAAUCAAUAUUGUUGUGAAAGGGGGAGACUCCUCCCAAUACGUAACUUUCCCAGACAACAAGCUUCUGGAGCACAUAUACAUGGUGGAGAAUUUUGGAGAUGUGGCAGCACCGGUCAAUGUAACAUUUGUGAUUCCAGUGGAGUUGGACUCUGGUUACCUGUGGAAUGUGUCUCUUCCUCAAACAGAUAACAGCAGAGGAAAGUGUGAGAGGAAGGAGGUAUUCUCUAAACAGGAAAAAAACACUCUGUUUUAUCAGCACUGUAGUGGGGUCAUCUGUCAUCUGGUUGGCUGCACCAUAGGACUGUCAUCCAACAAUCAGCCAACCAUCUUCAAGUUUGUUGGGAAUAUCAGUAGAAACUCAGAGGGUUCAGCGGUGCAGGUGGAGGUGGUCAGUUGGGGGUCGCUGUCCUUCGACCAGAGUGUCUACUCCCAGUACCCUGCCGUUGGUUCUCAGAGUGUGAAGAUUCUGUCCAUUCUGGAGACAACUCCUGAAUCCCACACUGCUCUCAUUGCUUCUAUCAGUGUUGUGUUUUCACUGUUGCUACUGAUGAUAAUCUCUGGGUUUCUCUACAAGAAGGGUUUUUUCAAGAGCAGAAGAAUUGCCUCUGGUGGUGUUGAUUAUAGUCCAGCUGUUCCUGGUCGGACUGCAGCCCCUGAUGAUGACCAUGGUCUGACCGCUGAUAUUACCUCACUGGGGGAGAACACCCUGUAGCCCAGUGGCGGUCAGUGCCGUUUAAGUUGAGGGGGGAAGAUUUUUUUCAUGCGCAUGGCCUUAUUUCUAUUACAGCAUAUUGGAUGACAGUCAUUCAUAUUCCAUUCACCCAGUCCAAUGUACCAUUGGAUAGGUUUAGGCUACUACAUGAUACUAGAAUUUCCCUGUACACAUCAUGAGGGUUCUACAACCUAGCCUAUGAAUGAAAGUUUACAACGUAGGUGCACACAGGUCAAGAGACACAUUUGAAGUGACAGACUGUGACACAUGGACAGACAGUGACACCUUACACACUCUUGCCUUCAUCUAGCUGAUACAAGGUGUAGUCAUUAGUCCAACAUUUGCAAACAAAAGUUUCUAAUGGACAAAUUCAAGUAUUUUUUUGUUCCGUUUUAGAAACGUGUUUCAACAGAAUCGGCAGAAUGAAUACACCCCUGAUCACGCGUAAACACAGUUCACUUUCAUAGCAGCCACGUUGUAUUCCUUCUCGCAUCCAUGCACUCUCCUCCUCUCACCUCUUCCCUUCACUUGUGGGCUCCAAUGCACAUCAACUUUAUGUGACCAGAUGAAAAUAGCUUUCCAAGCCAAACCGCUACACACAGCCUAUAGCUAAUAGAACUAACGUGUUAGUAAACCCGCUACAAUCAUGCAGUAACGUUAGUGUACAGUCAGUCAUUUUAAAAAAUUGAACCUUUUAUUUAACUAGGCAAGUCACUAAAGAACAAAUUCUUAUUUACAAUGACAGCCUACUUGUAAAGCCCCCCCGGCCAACUCCUCCCCUAACCCAAUCGCGGCCAAUACUCCCGAUACAGCCCGGGAUUGAACCUGGGUCUGUAGUGAUGCCUCUAGCACUGUAAUGCAGUGCCUUAGACCGCUGCGCCACUCGGGAGGCCAUAAGCCAUUACACCGGUGGGCCUUGGUGGCAAUAAAUUAGUAAUACCAUAAGCUUACCUUGACUUGGAAGAGUUCAGGUGUUGUGUUGGAAAGUCAUAGCCAGCUAACCUCUUAAGGAUCAGACCCUUUUUUUUUCAAUUUUCACCUAAAAUGACAUACCCAAAUCUAACUGCCUGUAGCUCAGAACCUGAAGCAAGGAUAUGCAUAUUUUUGAUACCAUUUGAAAGGAAACACUUUAAAAUUUGUGGAAAUGUGAAAUUAAUGUAAGAGAAUAUAACACAUUAUAUCUGCUAAAAGAUAAUACAAAGAAAAAAAACGUGUUUAAAUAUAUAUAUAAAAAAAUAUUUUUAAUCAUUUUUACACUGAUCCAAUGGACCAUUGCAUUACUGUUCAAAAUGUUGUAUCAAGUCUGCCCAAAUGUGCCUAAUUGGUUUAUUGAUACAUUUUCAAGUUCAUAACUGUGCACUCUCCUCAAACAACAGCAUGGUAUUAUUUCACUGUAACAGCUAUUGUAAAUUGGACAGUGCAGUUAGAUUAACAAUAAUUUAAGCUUUCUACCCAUAUAAAACAUGUCUAUGUCCUGGGAAAGGUUCUUGUUACUUACAAUGUCAUGCUAAUCACAUUAGCUCAUGUUAGCUCAACUGGCACGGGGGGCGAUCCUGUAGAGGCCCUAGCUAACAUAGCAUCCCUCUGUUUGAGCAGGGUGUUUCAGUAGGCUAAACUAGCUAGCUGCAUUUGCUAGCUAAGUAAGUGAAACUGAAAGUGAAUUUUAUUUAUUUAUUUUUUAGCCCUUUUUCGUGGUAUCCAAUUGUUUAGUAGCUACUAUCUUGUCUCAUCGCUACAACUCCCGUACGGGCUCGGGAGAGACGAAGGUUGAAAGUCAUGCGUAUUCCGAUACACAACCCAACCAAGCCGCAAUGCUUCUUAACACAGCGCCAUCCAACCCGGAAGCCAGCCGCACCAAUGUGUCGGAGGAAACACCGUGCACCUGGCAACCUUGGUUAGCACGCACUGCGCCCAGCCCGCCACGGGAGUCGCUGGUGCGCGAUGAGACAAGGAUUUCCCUACAUGGGUUCGAGCCUGGGCGCAAACCCAGAGUCUCUGGUGGCACAGCUGGCGCUGCAGUACAGCGCCCUGCGCCACCCGGGAGGCCCGAAAGUGAAUUUUGGGGGGGGGGAAAUCUCUUUUUCUCUUUUGCUUCUCCUUCAUUUUGGAAGAUAUACAUUUGUUAAAAUCUGGUAAACUAUUGUCUUUCUUUCUCUUUGAGUCAACUACUCACCACAUUUUAUGCACUGCAGUGCUAGCUAGCUGUAGCUUAUGCUUUCAGUACUAUAUUAAUUAUCGGAUCCUUUGAUUGGGUGGAUAACAUGUCAGUUCAUGCUGCAAGAGCUCUGGCAGGCUGCUGGACGUCCUCUGGAAGUUUUCAUAAUUACUGGAAGGGGUUGAGAACCAUGAGCCUCUUAGGUUUUGUAUUGAAGUCAAUGUACCCAGAGUAAGACGGAAGCUAGCUGUCCUCCGGCUACACCAUGGUUCUACCCUAUAGAGUGCUGUUCUGGUUACUGUAGACCUUCUUUAAUCAAUUAUUUGGUGAUGUGGUUAUAUUUAGUAUAGUUUUAUCUAAAGGAUACAUUUUAAAAUAUUUUAUCAAAUUCACUGAGGAGGAUGGUCCUCCCCUUCCUCCUAUGAGGAGCCUCCACUGCUUUAGCUGUAUUCUGGGCUGACCCACCCAGCCACCUUAGCCUUUCUGAUACCUCUGUCAUUAUGAUUCUCUCCCGAAGUGUGCACUCACACUCAUACAUCUCGAAGUGUGCACUCAUAUUUAAAAGGAAUGGAUUGGUAUGAGGAAUAUGGUGGAAACCUGUUUUUUGCAUGUUAUUUUGGCAUUAAUAUGUGUCACAGAUCAGUUUGCAAACAAUGUCAAAUAAAAAUAAUAUUGAGUUAAUAAAGCUGCAUACAAACGGUC